AUGAGCUACGUCUACUUCAAUUUUAAAAUCUUCAUGAUCGUCUUCAUCUACGGCAUCAGCUUCAGCCACCGUGACAUGAUAAGAGGUUUGGACAAUGUCAUCCUCACCGCCAUUAUCGAGGUUGCUAUCUCUUUUUUGGCCAGUGAAUAUGAUGGCCCGAUUACCGGUGUUCUGAAAGUUGGCCUAGGUGCCGUUCCCGGACUGAAGAAGGAAGAAGUGAAGGUCGAGCUAGAGGAAAGGAACGUCCUUCUGAUCAGCGGAGAGAGGAGCAGGGAGCACGAGGAGAAGAACGACAAGUGGCACAGGGUGGAGAGGAGCAGCGGCAAGUUCCUGAGGAGGUUCAGGCUGCUGGAUAAUGCAAAGGUUGAUCAGGUCAGGGCUGCUAUGGAGAAUUGGGUGCUUACUGUGACUGUGCCCAAAGCAGAGGAGCAGAAGUCCCAGGUCAAGAGCAUCGACAUUUGUGGAGCUUAG